GUAGCAGUGUCCUCGCUCCCUGGCAGGUUGGUGAGCCUGUCCACAGAUUAUGACACCCCUCCCCCCACCUGUGACCUCACCCCUGGAGGGGCCAGUGGGAGCCCCGAGGGGUCUGUGAGGUCACCCCAUUCCGCUCCACAAAGAGUAUCGUCGGGUAGUGACCGCUGGCUUGUCUCCGUCCCGGGGAAGCUUCUGAGACCCAAGGACUUGUGAGCCAUAGUCACGACGGAGCUCCUGAGAGGGACACGGGGCGUUGGGAACCGAGGACCCUCUGAGCGCUGACCCUGGGAGGCCCAGACCAGGGGCAAAAGUCUCGUGGGUGUCAGGAGCAUCAUUCGGCAGUUCCGGGAGGCCCAGGAAGCCCACGGCCUGGCUUGGGCACCGUCACUGCCACCAGGCCACCAUGGUCCUCGACUGGCUGCUGCUUCUGGUAAUGGCUCUGCCCCCGGGCACCACGGGCGCCAAGGACUGUGUGUUCUGUGAGCUGACCGACUCCAAGCAGUGCCCGGGCAUCCACAUGCGCUGUGGCGACGAUGAGGACUGCUUCACGGGCCACGGGGUGGCCCCAGGCGUCGGCCCUGUCAUCAACAAAGGCUGCAUGCUGUCCACAUCCUGCGGCCACGAGGAGCCGGUCAACUACAUGGGCGUCACCUACACGCUCACCUCCACCUGCUGCUAUGGCCACAUGUGUAACGGGGCCCCCAAUCCCGCAGGCGGCCGGAGGGAAGGGGUAGCCGCCUGCCUGGCACUGGGCGUGCUGCUGCUGCUUCCACAUUUGCUGUGACCAACCCGACGGGCAGGGCCUGGGACUGGUCUCCCGGCUCCGCUGCUCCCCAAGCCCCCCCGCCUCUACC